AACGUAGGACAGUGGCCCAACACAGCAGCAGCUGGUACUGGAAGAACUGGAUGUCGAGCUCGGCCUGAGACAGCGGCUGUGUGAGACGGUGCAUUCACGGCUGACCUGGGCGCUGCUGCUGCAGGAAGCCCUUGAGAAAGAAUAUCCAGGUAUGAGUCCUAAAAUGUCUGAGAUGUCUUACGAAGCCAGCAGUAGCUCGCAAUGGGACGUCUCUGAUUUCCAGGCAGCUGCUCUGGACGCACUGAGGGCUGCAGAAGAACCGAGCAAGUCUCUGUUCGAUAGAGAGGUGUUCUCUGUAGAGAAGCCCGUUUCUCUAAUUUCAUCUACGUCCCUUGAUGGCCCAGCAACAUCCCAGCACGCAUCUCGCGCUACCCCCGCCCGCGCCAGGGGCCUCCCCCGAGCUCCGCUACAGCCCGUUAGGAAACUGUUAUUCCUGCGCAACACCAACACCGACCCGCCAGAGAUAGCCAAGCUCGCGUGUACAGACUGUGCACGGUCCGACUUCUCGAACCUGCAGGGCUUACUCAACCAUUGUCGCAUACGGCACGGCCGCGAGUUCGGCAGCCACGAUGAAUGCGUGCAGAGCUGCGCUGUUAUCGUCGCGGAGGAGGAGCGCGAGUGGGUGGUCGCAAACGGAACGGAACUUGGCGGGAUCAGUCUGCCUAGCCUGAGACGCUUGUUCGAAAUCGCGGUGGGUGCUGGUGACAAUGUCCGGAUGCCAGGACUCCGGAAUGAACGUGAACAACCGAGAGUAGUCGAGGAGACAGAUGUGGUCAAGCCAGCGGUGCUGCCCGAGGCAAGUGCAGAUGCCACGGAGGUCACGAAGACACUGGGCUUCCACAAGGACACCCCUGCUCUUGCAUCUUCCUCGGUAAGAGCCAAAGAAACGCGCCGUCAAUGUAUACGAUGACCCUGACGAGAGUUGGACAUACUCGGUGAUAGCGUUGGUCUCACCAGCAGCCUCGUCGCAAGCAAGGGCUGGCGAAAACCCUACUGCCACCGCAACAUCGCACGUCCGGAACUAGAUGAGGUUCCUCCAGAGCCUACCGAGCUCCACAUGAUCACGAUGAGCGACCUCAGACCCGAACGCCGGUUGCAGGCGGUUCUGCGGCGGGUAUUGCGUGUAGUAGAUUCCAUAUCGUCGCUCGUGUCAAAGUAG